UCUUAAUCUGAUUAUAAGUGAACCUUAGGGUUCACUGUGAAAUUAUAGUUUACUUACUGUUGUAGUACCCCAAAAGUAAUCCGAGAGGGGCUCGCAGUUAUGAUUAAAGAAUAUGUCUGGUUUUAAGAUAGUAGCUAAUUAGUAUAAAAACAAAGUCACUGUUUAUACGUGUCUCCAAAGUUUGUCAGUGGAGAAGGGAGAAGAAGACUUGGCAUCAGAAAUGGAUGCCAGAAGUAUCAACCAAAACAAAAGAUCAGCUGAUAUAUUCUGUUUCCUCAAGCUGCGAUCACCUACAAAAUUAAACAAUGCUCUCUCUCUCUCUCUCUCUCUCUAUAUAUAUAUAUAUAUAUAUAUAUAUAUAUAUAUAUAUGCUAAUAGUUUUAAAGCUAGCCGAGGGUUCUAGACGUAGAGACAAUCAAAAAGCUCGAAUGCAGCCAUCUCUUCAUGUUCAAUAUUGGAUACGCACGGAUUGCAACAACUGGAAUGCACAUUUGGUUGCAGAUAAACCAAAUUCCUCUCAAGUGAAGCCGUUUCGUUUCAUAAGUGGUGCCAAAAAUGAGGCUGUGAAUAAAAAUUAUUAUAUAUAUAUAUAUUUACCCUCAUCUCUUCUGUUUCACUCUCUCUCUCUCUCUCUCUAUAUAUAUAUAUAUAUAUGUAUGUAGUAAUGUAGAAGAGAAGGCUCUGCAAUUGUAUGAGUUUAGAGAGUUCAGUCUCUCUUUUUCCUAAUAUUUAUAACCUGUUCCCUUCUUUUCUCUUAGAGAGGUGGUGACCAUUUGAUUUCCAAGAGGGGAGAAUGGAACUACUGUAAUUCACAUACAAUAUAUCAAUAAGGCCCUUGCAACUAAAAAGGUAACCAAACUGUCUUUAUCAGUUGUAUUAGCUCUGUAAACCCCACGUUUACUUCCAUAAAAAAGGCAUGGGUUAUAUAAGUGAAAAGAACUUAUUUUACAGGGGUAAGUCCUUACUCUCAUCGCUGUGUAGAAUUAUAUUGUGGUCAACAACAUUGCCAUCUUCCAUGCAAGUCUCGAAACAAUGUUGGGCAGCAUCUCCUGGUCUGAAAACCCUAAUACACCCUCGAGACCCAACUCAUCACCCCUUGAUUAUCCAUUCUUGUAAGCGGCCUUCACCACCCUCACCGAUGCUCUUAUCGCCAUCACUCUCAACUACAUCUUCUUCAUCUUUGUUUCAAUCAGUAGCUGAUUCCUCACCAUACUCCUCUUGGUCAUCCAUGUUGGACGACUUGAUUGGGACAGAGAGUGGUGUUUGCCUGAACUCGGGUAUAGAAGAAAGAGCAACAAUAAUGUGGAAACAUGAGGCUGGUUAUCAUCCUAAUCAUGGCAAGCGAGAUCAGCAGCAAUGUGAAAAGCGAAAGAGGUAUCCACCAACAAUUCCUUUGUUAGCAAGAACAGGCAAUUUGCCUAGUCAUACGCCUUGGAUUUUAACUAGGCAUUAUUUUAAUGGUAGAUUGAUCCUUAGAGAAGAAAGAUUAGAGCACCAUGAAUACUUCGAAUCAUAUAGAGAAAAUGGUCGUCUCAUCUUGAAGCUUAUACGUAUACCCUUCGAUGAUAUUGCGUAUGACGAUGAAGAAGAGGAGCUAGAGCUACAAGAGCUCGAGCUUAUACAAGAAGAAAAAACCCAAGAGAGCACAGAGGAAGAAGAAGAAGAAGAAGAAGAUGAAAUAGACGUAUAUACAGAAUUAGUGCACGAAAAUUUAAUGGCAACAUCGGCUUCUUCUAUCCCGAAAUCAUAUCUGAAAAAUGGAAGUGAAAUUCAUGGAGAUGUAUGCAAGUGUUUCAGCACGUAUGCAGGUAAAAUGGUAUCAGAAUCUUAUCUACCUUGCAAUGCCAAUGCUCAAAGAAAAUGUGAGGGGUACAUGGAUCAAUCAAGUUCUGCAACUAGUUUGACAUUGACUAUACGUCCAAUGACUACUGUAGUGUAGCUAGAUCGAUCGAUCGAUUAGUUAGUAUGAUUAUUGUCAGUAGCUAGUAAUCAAUAACUAGCUAAAUUCUUGUCAAGUUAUUGUAAAAGAGGAAGUAUUUGCUGUUAUGAAAUUUCUUAGCAAAUUAAGAUGGAGCAGCCAAACAUGUAAAUUUAGGUCGCCUUUUGUAUUAGUACAUUUCUUUGCUUCACAAUAAUUAAUAAAUCCAGCUUUGUAGCA